CAGAGCGUACUCGUGCACCUAGCGCGUGGUUCGUGUGCAUAUUUGGUUGCCUCCUCUCACUCGCUCCAGCGUGUGCGCAAGUGACUUAAGUGUUCGCGCGUGCGCUCGCGCUAAAAUUGAAAACUCGUGUCCCGCGCGCAUAAAACAAAGUUUCCUCCGACCAACAAAUGAAGUGCAUCACCAUAGACUUUUAAUAGUGAGUGGAUAAUCACGGUUAACUCCACAUCAAACCCAACAUGACAACAAAACAAAAUUUCCUACUGACGGUGCUCCUACUGUGGGUUGUCGUCGGCGCCGCUUCGUAUCCCAGCAGUGAUGACGCCGAGGCCGAGUUGGAUCAGCCGCCGAUUAACACCAACACCAUUCAUCGAUUCGUGCCGUCCGUCUUUCGACCCGGUCACGAUGAAACCAAAUCGCUCAAGAAGGUUUUUCUCUCCAAUAAGAGUGUCACGUGUAAUGAUGGAUCACAAGCCGGAUUUUAUUUGCGUAAAUCACACACGAGUAAAAAAUGGAUAGUGUUCCUCGAAGGUGGUUGGUAUUGCUACGACAAAUAUAGCUGUCAUAACCGUUGGUUAAGACAACGCCAUUAUAUGACUUCAGCCCACUGGCCAGAAACACGAGAUGUCGGUGGCAUCCUUUCGCCGAACGAGGACGAGAACCCGUACUGGUGGAACGCCAACCACGUUUUUGUACCGUACUGCACAAGUGAUUCCUGGAGUGGGUCAAAAUCGACCCGCGAGGGAAUGUUUAACUACAUGGGCGCUGCGGUUGUGCAGCAGGUGAUUCGUGAUUUGGUCCCGUUGGGUUUGGAAAACAGCACGGAUUUACUCCUGGCCGGAAGCAGCGCCGGAGGUACCGGAGUGAUGAUAAACUUGGACCCGGUCCAAGAACUCCUGCACGAUAUGUUGGAGUUGCGACAUAUUGCCGUGCGUGGUGUGACAGAUUCCGGGUGGUUCCUCGAUCGCACACCUUACGCCCCGAAUGGGAAACUACCAGUUGAGCUGAUCACCAAAGGCAUGGAGCUGUGGCAAGGCAAGGUCCCACGGCUAUGUAGACAGAAGUAUCUGGAUGAACCAUGGCGGUGUUAUUUCGGUUAUUUGUUGUAUCCCACAUUGAAAGCGCCGUUGUUUGUCUUCCAAUGGUUGUUUGAUGAGGCGCAAAUGGAUGUCGAUAAUGUCGGUGCGCCUGUUACCAAACAGCAGUGGGAUUACAUUCACAAAAUGGGCGAUGCGCUACGGCAUAGUUUCGAGAACGUCACCGCCGUGUUUGCGCCGUCAUGCAUAUCACAUUCGGUGUUGACCAAGAGAGAUUGGCAAAGCAUACAGAUUGAUGAUGUCUCCAUUGCCGAAGCGUUGCAUAGUUGGGAGGAACAACCACUAAAGAACGUGAUUCGCCGAAUGACAAAUUCAUCACUUUUGGCUGAUGAACCAUCAGUGGCACCUCGACAAGUCAAACGCCGGUCAAAAACACCACAGAAAGACAACGCGGAGCGUAAACGCCGGAGGAGGAAGAAGCAUCGUGAGCAGCAGCAACAGCGCAAAAAUAAUAAACAUCACGAGAACAAAAGCAAUGAGAACGGAAGCAAAAAGAACCGGAAGCGAAAAGGCCGGAGACAACACCACGGCGAGCAUCGAAAUCGUGCCAAUCGCAAACACCACCAACAAUCGAAUAUCCUCCGGCCGACGGAACACCCCCGCCCCCAGAGAUCCGUUCUGCGCGCGCAGAAACGAUCACAUCACGACGGGUCCCAUCGGCGAUUGGAACGAUGCACGUGGCCGCAAUGCAAUCAUUCCUGUCCGCGUCUGCAUAAUCCUUUCACCGGCGAAGAGAUGGACUUCAUCGAACUGCUUAAGUCCUUCGGAUUGGACAUGGAGAGUGUCGCGGUCGCGCUCGGUAUUGACAUGACCACGCUCAACAACAUGGACCACUCGGAACUGCUGAAUCUCCUCACGCAACAGGCGAACUAAUCCCUGACAUUGAAAAGUGAUAAAAAGAACUGCUAUAUAAACAAACAAAAAAUCACGAAUGGACUUUUGAAAUGAGAAAACGCGGAUUGUAAAUAUGGAAUAUUUAUUUUAUUGUUUAUAUUUUUAUACUUUUAUAUUAUCCAAAGAUGUGUUUUCCUUGUAACUUUAAUUGAGUUUAUGUAUAACGUUAAUUUAAUAUUUGCGACGCCCCCGAAAUGACAAUUUGUUUUGCCACUGUUGAAUGCGAAUUAUUUGUACACACACGAGACAAAACAAUAGGACUGAUUUGUUUUCUACCUCACUUGUAAAUAGUCAGUAGGUUACCACUUUAUUUUUUUUUAUUAAGUAGUAGUGUUAAUGAAAUGUUAUUUGCUAGUGUUUUACGACUCCUGACGGUUUGUUUUUGUUGUUGUUGUUCGUGUACAGAACGACGCACUCAAUUAUUUAAUCGACGCCGUACUCUUUACGUUUCGCUCGUGUCUGGUUUUGUAUUUAUAUAACGAAAAUUAAGUACAUUUACAAAGUUCCAUUAUUCCGAAACUUAAUCAUAGAAAUUUGCGUAUACGAAUUGUAUGUAUAAAUAAUAUUAAACAAAAGACAUUGAUUAGUUGAUA